UCAUCGGCGUCGGCGUCGCACCUGCGGCCAGCAACCAUAGCAGUAGCAGCAGCACUACCGCCCGGCAGCAGCACGAGCGUGGUAUACGGCUAUCCUGGCUACCGGCGACACUCCCAGCAUCAACAACAACAACAGCAGCAACAACAACAGCAGCAGCAGCAACAACAGCAGCAGCAGCAGCCACCGCAUCCGCAUCUUGUCCAGCAGCAGCAGCAGUCGCCGCAUCGCCAGCAGCAGCAGCAGCUCUACCAGGCCACUGUGCUGCCACCUCCAUUGCAGUCCCAGCAGCAGCAACUCCAGCAGCAGCAGCAGCAGCAACUCCACCAGCAGCAGAGGAGCCUCUACUAUGCCAGCGAGCAUUAUCCGGGCGGCAGCGGAGGCAGCUCUGCUGGCGGCAAUCCGGGCUACUAUUGAAAGCAGCAGCAGCAUAUGUAGGUUUACUACUAAGCGUGAGCAAAAUGAAACACCUUGAGUUGCGGGACAAGAUGCGUGGGCUAGGCAAACGACAUGUGUAAAAAUGAAAUAACAGAUAAGAAAAAGGCUUUAACAACAACAAGAAGAAUUAAAUUAAGAGAAGGCAAAUGAUAGGCAGGAAAUCGAGAGAUAGGCAGAGAUGUGGAGCAGUUGUGGAGGCAAAGUGGUGAGCAGACGGCUGGCAGACUUGACAACAUCUAGAUAUAGUUUUGUCCAAUGAAAAUUAGUUCGACAAUUUCAAUUUCAAAAGUGCAAAUAAACGAAUGUGGAUGCAGGAGAAUGCAGACUUGUUUAAAACUUAAACCUAAACUAAAUCGAUUGUAAAUUUGGCGCAUCCAAGAAGACUUUUUCAAACGUGAUUCAAAACAUUUUGAAAGUAAUUUAAAAACAGAUCAUUUGUAAUUGUAUAUAAACAACAAAAAUAUUCUAAAUCUAAGCAAAACGAAUUCUGUUCAUCCAACUGUUUGCCUCGCAUCCUGAGGUAUUACACACAAACACACACACACAACUCGAUCGAAAUCCGUGUCCUUUAUGUCGCCCAAGUGUACUCGUCCCUAUUCGUGUGGACGCGUGUGUCCUUGUCCUCGUUCUUAGUGUCAUCGGUCGAUGUUUCCUUCUGCUCCUCACACAGCUCCAGCUCCUCAGCACCCCGAGUCAGAAUGUUAUGAGAAUGGUAGUGAGAACACUUUAGAUGCAUAUAUAUAUAUAUAAAACUAAAGAUCACACCACACCACACCACACACACACAUAUAUAUAUAUACAAUACACUAUGAGUAUAAGGAGUAAACAAAAUAAUAAAAACACACUGUUGGGCUGUUCUUAGAAAAAAAAAAACAAAAGAAAACAAAACAAAAGAAAACAAAAAACCUAAGCAAAAGAAAACAAGUAAACGAGAAACAAGUAAAUAUAUAUAUAUAUUACCUAUAGAACACUUUAAUCAUUAUUUAAACGACUUUUUGUAAAUUUCAUAAAAAACUGCGCAUAAUUUUAAUGAGCAUCAUUUAAUCAAUCUUAUCAAUACAUUUACUACUACUAUUAUUCGUUUUUUUUUUUUAUUCCUAUUUUUAUAUGCAAGGCCUAAUUUAUGGAGCAUGAUUGUGUUUUAUUCUCUUCUUAAGCAAGCGCUAUUGAAUUAUGUACGUUUAAUUGCUAAGCUAAAGAAAGUUUUGAUGUAAGUAAAUUUAAAGUAAGCCCAAUACAUAGAAAUAUAUAUGGGAUAUACAUA